AUGUUCCUCCAACGCGGGACUCGCGCCGUUCGGCGUCAAUGGCGACUUUACCAGGGUCUAAGUCGCAUCGCGGAUCCCCAGGUUCGCGGUGCUUACGGGAUUCCAAGGGGCUUCCACUCGACGAGGUGUGUGCAAGUGGUCAAGCCCGUGUUGCUCGCGGACAUAGGCGAAGGCAUCGUCGAAUGCGAAAUCAUCCAAUGGUUCGUCGAGCCCGAAGCACGCGUCGAGGAGUUCUCACCGCUAUGCGAAGUACAGAGCGACAAAGCCUCCGUAGAGAUCACGAGUCGGUUCUCGGGCGUCGUGAAGAAGCUAUACUAUGACGCGGGCGAAAUGGCCAAGGUGGGCAAGCCGUUCGUAGACAUCGACAUACAGGGGGAUGUCAAAAAGGAGGACUUGGAGGCGUUGACCGUCCCGGAGCCGGCAAAGGAGGGUGCUUCUGAGCCCUUGAAUAAGGAGUCGUUGAAUCAGCCUCCAGGAGCGCAAAGCUCUGGGGGCAGUAGUCGGGAAAUCGCAGAGGUUGAGGUUACAGAGUCCCCGCCUCCACAGCCGAAGGGCAAACAUGCGUCGCUAGCCACACCAGCCGUACGACAUCGGCUGAAAGAGCUGAAUAUAGACAUUAUGGAUGUCCCAGGGACCGGAAAGGACGGCAGAGUGUUGAAGGAAGACAUAUAUAAAUUCGUCGAGACGAGGGAUUCGGCCAGCCAGCCUACGCAGCCGACGAGCGCAUCUCUUUCAGCACACAUAGAUACCGAAAAGCAGACGGAAACUACCGUGCAGCUGACGAACACCCAACACCAAAUGUUCAAGACCAUGACACGGUCUCUGAACAUACCGCACUUCCUAUACGCAGACGAGGUCGAUUUCUCGCAACUCUAUGAGUUGCGCCGGCGGCUGAACAAGGUGCUGUCGUCGCAGACAGUGGCCAAGGAGGGUGAAGUAUCCAAGUUGUCCUACCUGCCGUUCAUCAUCAAGGCCGUGUCGCUGGCUAUCUACCAGUACCCGAUCUUAAACGCGCGCGUAGACGUCGAUCCACAGGCCGCGGCCGGCACUGGCAACGGCAAGCCAGCUCUCGUGCACCGCAGUCAGCACAACAUUGGAGUGGCGAUGGACACGCCGUCAGGGCUUCUGGUACCCGUGAUCAAGAACGUGGGUGCGCGGAACGUACUCUCGAUCGCCGCCGAGCUGGCGCGCCUGCAGACCCAGGCGGCGGCGGGCAAACUAUCGCCCCAGGAUCUGAGUGGCGGUACCAUCACCGUGUCCAAUAUCGGCAACAUUGGCGGUACCUAUCUGUCGCCCGUGAUCGUCGAGCGGGAGGUCGCCAUCCUGGGCAUCGGCCGCAUGCGCACCGUGCCAGCCUUCGACGACGAGGACCGGGUCAUCAAGAAGCAGGUCUGCAACUUCAGCUGGAGCGCCGACCACCGCGUCGUGGACGGGGCGACGAUGGCGCGCGCGGCCGAGGUGGUGCGCCAGACUGUGGAGGAGCCCGAUAUGAUGGUUCUGCAUCUGCGGUGA